AUGAAAAGAACAUUAAUCAAUUGCAUCUCAUUUUUCUCUCUUAUCUUUUUAGUUCAAUCAACUACUUAUGAAAUAUUUAUUGAAAGUGGGUCUAGUAGUUCUAAUGAAGAAAAUGAAGAAUGUUCAGAAGGAGAGUUAUUUGAUGAAAGAACAGAACAAUGUUUGCCUUGUCCAAAAGGGUCUUAUUUUGUGAAUAACCAAUGUCUUUUAUGUGAAGAAGGAACAUAUCAAAAUAUAGAAGGGCAAUUAUAUUGUAAAGAAUGUCCAGUUGGUACUUAUUCUUCAAUGAAAGGAAGUGAUAGAUGUUAUAAUUGUUCUAAAGGAAUGUAUCAAGAUGAAAAAGGACAAAAAGAAUGUAAAGAAUGUUUUGAAGGGGAGUAUCAAGACGAAGAAGGGUCAGUCCAAUGUAAAGAAUGUCCAGUUGGUACAUAUUCUCAACUUCGAAGAAGUAUUGAAUGUGAAUUAUGUAGUGAAGGACAUUACCAGAAUGAAACAAGGUCAAUGGAAUGUAAAAUAUGUCCUAUUGGAACAAUUUCAAAUAGAGAAGGAAGUAAAGAAUGUACGUUAUGUGAGAAUGGAACAUAUGCUGAACGAGAAGGAAUGAAUGAGUGUGUUAAGUGUGGGAAAGGGUAUUAUUCAAAUAAAGGAGAUUCAUUUUGUCAUUUAUGCCCAGUAGGAACAUAUUCAAAUAAAGAAGGAUCAGGGAUUUGUGAUUUAUGUCCAGCUGGAACAUAUCAAGAACAUGAAGGAGGACAAGAAUGUAAAAAAUGUUUUGCAGGAACAUACCAAAAUGAAACCGGUUCAACAUAUUGUAAAGAAUGUGAUAUUGGGACAUAUGCAGAUUAUGAUGGAAUAAGUAAAUGUAAAUAUUGUUUAUUAGGAACAUAUCAAGACUUAAAAGGUCAAAAAACAUGUAAAAAUUGUGGGGAUGGAAUGUAUCAAGAUAGAAUUGGAGCAAGUUCAUGUUUAAUAUGUCCAAUAGGAACAUAUUCAAAAGGAGAAAAAAAUACCUAUUGUAAACAAUGUGAUGGAGGGUAUUAUCAAAAUGUUAGUGGACAAAGUUCAUGUAAACAAUGUGAACCAGGAUAUUAUCAACCAAUGAGUGGUCGAAGUUAUUGUCUUUUUUGUGAAGAUACAUCUGAUAAAAAUAGAGUGUCAUGUAUUAAAUGUCAACCUGGAUAUUCUAUUAAUAAAGAUAAAACUACAUGUGUAUUAUCAAAAACUAAUAUAAUACUUAUCUUUAGUAUUAGUUGUAUUGUAAUAGUGUUGUCUUUAUUAAUAAUAAUAUUCAUUAUUUCUUAUUUAAUUUCAUUAAAACGUGAGAAAUUAUCAAAGAGAAUUAAAAAUAAACGAAAGACUGUAAACAAAGAAUUACUAAAAGUGUAUUUAAAUUAA